AUGGCUUCGUCGUCCUCCACCACCGGCGACCGCCGCCAUUAUUGCUGCUUCUUCCUUGCAGUUUUCCUCCUCUCCUCCGCCGCCCACGGCCAGCUCUCGGCGACCUUCUACGCCGCGAGAUGCUCGUCGCUGGAUCAAAACGUUAGAGACGAGGUGUCCCGUGCCUUGUUCAGGGACCCGCCGCCCCUCGGCGGGCGCCGGAUGGGCGCCUCCCUCCUCCGGCUCUUCUUCCACGACUGCUUCGUGCAGGGCUGCGACGCCUCCGUCCUCCUGGACGUGGACCCGAGCAAGGGCAUCCUCUCCAGCGAGAAGGAUGCCGGCCCCAACGCCAACUCCCUGCGCGGCUUCGAGGUCGUCGACUCCAUCAAGUCCAAGGUCGAGGCCGCCUGCCCCGGCGUCGUCUCCUGCGCAGACAUCCUCGCCCUCGCCACCCGGGAAGCCGUCGUGGCCCUCAACGGAACGACCUGGCCGUUGCUGCUCGGCCGGCGCGACUCGAGGACGGCGAACCAGAGCCAAGCAAAUAGCGACCUCCCGUCGCCGGGCUCCAACCUCGACACGCUCAUCGCGGCGUUCGCCCGGAAGGGCUUCACCGCCCCGGAGCUGGUGGCGCUCUCCGGCGCGCACACCAUCGGCCUGGCGCACUGCGUGAACGUCGACCAGAGCCAGAUGCAGAGGUGCCGGGUGCCCACCGCGGACGGCCUCAUGGCGGAGCUCGACGACCACACGCCCGAGAGGUUCGACAGCGGCUACUACGACAAGCUGGGCAAGCGCGGCCUGCUGGGCUCCGACCGGGUGCUCACGAGCCGCCGCGACCUGGACGCGCUCGUGCAGAAGUACGCCGCGAGCCAGGCCGCCUUCUUCGCCGACUUCGGCAGCGCGAUGAAGAAGAUGUCGGAGGUGGGCGUCCUCACCGGAGCCGAUGGCGAGGUCAGGACCAACUGCAGGAGGGUCAACUAG